GUUGUCAGACGGUCGAAAUUUCGCUCCCAGCGCUGGUAAACAGCUGAUGGCACACUUAGGCACACUUGUUGAAAGAAAGAAUUCUGGAAUAAUUAUAUACAAUAAGACAAUAUUAUGUUGGACAAAGUUAAGAACGUGAUUAUAGUCCUCUCUGGAAAGGGUGGAGUGGGAAAGUCGACUGUUAGCACACAACUGGCGCUGGCACUACGCCACUCCGGACACAAGGUGGGCCUGCUGGACAUAGAUCUGUGUGGUCCCAGUGUACCGUUCUUGCUGGGCCUCGAGGGGAGCAAUAUUUACCAGUGCGACGAGGGCUGGGUCCCCAUUUACACGGAUGCGAGCAAAACUCUGGCCGUGAUGUCCAUUGGAUUUCUGCUAAAGAAUCGCACGGAUCCCGUGAUUUGGCGUGGUCCCAAAAAGACCAUGAUGAUACGCCAAUUCCUCACCGAUGUCAAGUGGGAGGAGCUGGACUAUUUGAUCAUCGACACGCCACCCGGCACCUCCGACGAGCACAUAACCGUCAUGGAGUGCAUGCGUGAAGUGCCCUGCAAUGGCGCCAUCAUUGUAACAACGCCACAGAGCGUGGCGCUGGACGAUGUGCGCAAGGAGAUCACAUUCUGCAAGAAGACGGGCAUCAAGCUACUGGGUAUUGUCGAGAAUAUGAGCGGAUUUGUUUGCCCCAAUUGCACAAACUGCACCAAUAUCUUCUCCUCGAACGGCGGCGUGGAGCUAGCGCAUCUCGUUCAGAUACCACAUCUCGGCACUCUGCCCAUAGAUCCACGCGUCGGCGUGCUUGCCGGCUCGACAGCUUCUGUGCUGGAUGAGUUGCCUGAUUCGCCAACGGCCCAAGUACUGAGGGGAAUAGUUCAGCACUUGGUUGCACUAACAUAGAUUAAAAACUGAUUGGAUUGUUGAUGGAGUAAUUAGAGACGAACGAAUGCCCAUUCAGAUUCUGUUGAAAUUUCGGCGUGUUUACCAUUUGGCAAUCGUGUUGAACCAUCAUCAUGUGGAAUUGUCGCAUUGUGUUUGCGGAGAAUUAUCAUAUUUACGUACAUUUUAUCACAUUUGAUGGGGCAGAUACUCGCAUGGGCAUUAGGGGACCCAUAAAGCUGUGACCAUGAAGGGAAUUACUUGCUAAACUGUGAUUUAUCAACAGUAAUGCGGUAGCAAUUAGUGAUCACUGAUGGUCACUGAACUGAUGACUGAAUGGUCACUGAUUCCAUGGUUGAAUUGUUCUUUCUU